CAAGGGCCUCGAGGGCUGCGGCUGCAGGCGGCCGGGGCCUCCCUCGGUGUCCAGGGUGCGCGCAGGCUGAGCUUUCCGCCCCCCCUCGCCCCCCGCCCUUCUGCGGUUGCCCGCCGGGCAGCAAGGCGGACCCUGGCCGCGGCGGGCUUUCACACGCUGCGCAGGCGCAGCUGCAGACAGGAGGCUGCGUGUGUCCUGCAGACAGGGACACCUUGGCCACACGUGUGAGCUCAAGCCGUGGUCUCGGUGUCCCUUCUUUGGCCCCGUGGAGCUGACCGGCCCCAGAUGCCGAGAAUGGAGGUUGUUAGACUGUGCGGCUCCUGCUAGGACGGGGUGGGUGCCAGCCAGCCAGGCGAGUGGCUGGGUGUCUUGUCCUUGCAGAGUGGCCAGCGUGCAAGCCCGGUGACCUUGGACAUGUAGGCCAGAAGUGUUCCCCCUGCCGCACGAGCAGGCCUGCCUCGACGAUCCCUCAGGGCCCACGUGCUUUACUUUUUAAAGCGAGAGCCCUUUACUGAAAAUAUCUGAGAUAUGCAUGUCCACAUGUGUGAAUACUGCUUUGAACCAUGUGAAAUUGCCAAUAUUCGGCCAUUUUCACCUACAUGCACAGCAGUUUCAGCUGGUUCAACAGAACAUAAACAACGGCGGCCCUCGCAUCACUGAACCCGCGGUACUGCGCGCUUCUUCUCAGACAAGGGAUGAGCGUGCGCUCCCAACACAGUCGGUAUCUCUCCGGGACAGUUCUUCUGGGUGUCAGAAACGUGCCAAAUCUAUUCGAAUGUGUUCGCAUGUCCGUCGACGGAACUGCUUUCUCGCGCUGUGGUUUGGUUAUUUCCUGGGGUUGUGGGCCAGACCGGCGACCGCUCAGCCAGGUCUCAGGCAACAGUGUUCCAGAAGGGAAUCCACCUUGGACUUGACUUUUUCAGCCUGGCCAGGGGUCAACGCUUAGGCCCUUUUCGCUCAGUGAGUGAGUCUUAUCAGAAAGCACCUCCGGCUCUGCUUCGCCGCGGCCUUUGUCCCCGUUUGAGUAGCUUUAACUGAGCAAAUAACAAGCAAUAUCAGCUCCAGCAGGCGUCGACCGUGGCCACGCCCCCGCCAGCGACCUUGGCCACGCCCCCACCUGCAGCAAGCCCCGCCUACGCCUGCUGCACUCCGCACGGAAGGCAUUUAAUUGCAGAGAUUCUUGGACAGGCUUUAGGGGGCCCGGGAGCCCCCUGAAACUGAUCGGAGAGCUUCCUGUGUGCAUACAUACACUUUUAAGGGGAAAAAUAAAAUGAACCUUUAAAAAAAUUUUCAAGGCAUCUGCAAACCCUCCCUACCUUGCCCUUCCCUUCUCCUGCCGAUGAGUUAAAAAUCACCAUUCUAGUAGUUUCCGGUUGAAUUGCACAGCGCACGGGAGAGGACACUCGUUCGCUCACCAGACGCACGGUGACGGGCCAGGAUUGCAGAUGAAGAGGCAAACCCUGUCCCCAGCCUCGUCAGGACCCCAGUGACCUUGAGCUCUCAGCCUCAGUUUCCUCCUCGUAAGCUCAAGGUCACAAUCCCCCAUCACCGAGGGGUCUCCGGGGUCACCGAGUGAGCACAGUAAACGAGUCACCGAACAAUUGGAGACGUUCACAGAAGCGGCUCCGGGAAGGGGGUUCCAGCCCAGCCUCGGAGGCUGGGAGAAGCUCGGGGCCAGGUGUCCCCAGCCAGCGGCUCUGAGGGGACGAGAGCAAACCCCUGUCUGUACGGCAGGAAGCAUGGCCGCCGCGUCCAACCUGACGCGGGCGCUAGAAGACGCCUUCAGGAGGAUCUUCAUCACGUACAUGGACAGCUGGCGCAGGAACACGACCGCGGAGCAGGAUGCCAUCCAGGCCAAGGUGGCGGCGGAGAACUUCUACUACGUGGUCUUGUACCUCCUGGUGAUGAUCGGCAUGUUCUCCUUCAUCGUCGUGGCCAUCCUGGUGAGCACGGUCAAGUCCAAGCGGCGGGAGCACUCCAACGACCCCUACCACCAGUACAUCGUGGACGACUGGCAGGCCAAGUACAAGAGCCAGACCCCGCACCUGGAGGAGGCCCGGGCCGCCGUCCACGAGAACCCGGGCGCGGUGGGGUUCCAGAUAGCCCCGUGACGGGCCAAGAAGCCAACCUCCGACACCUGGACGUGGGGACACGCCCGGGCCACGCCGCCCGUCCAGAAGGCCACCGCUCAGCGGACUCCGACUUCCUCGCCCUCUGCUGGGACUUGUCCUACGUGUCACGUGGUUGGUCGCCGAAGACAGGGACACCUCCCCCUCGGGGACGGAUGCUUGCUCUUUGGAGCAGGACUGGGGGCCAAAGACGUCUUUUCCGUGCCGAGGAACUGUCGUUUUAGUUGAUGUCACAUUGGUGGAAACACAGCCUGACCAGAAGCAAAGUGUCAGGGCCAUGCGGGGUGCGGGGGGCAGGGGGGGAGAGGUAUGGACGGCACCCGGGAGGUCCCUAUGAUUUUGUCAGACCGUUUCACGUAUAGAUGCCGAGUCUGUGGCCCACGGAUCAGGUGAUUCAUCCGUUCACUUAAGAAGCAACAUCUGGCAUCAUCUCCUGGGCUCACCAGCCUAGACCCCUGGGCACUGACGAAGUCAGGUUCGCAAACAGCACGAUGACAGAUGGUGACAAGGUCACCACACAGAUCGACGCAAAGCCGGCCGAGCAGGGACCGGGGGGCGGGGCGGGCCUAACGCGGGUCUCAGUGGACUCCCUCGGAGGAGCCUGGAGAAGGAACUCAACAGCGAGAGCAAUGCCUGGGCCGGGGCUUCCUGGAGCCUCGGGGCCCCUGGCCCGCCCUUCCCCUCCCUCUUCUCCCCAUCUGCUCAGCUCCACGGUGAGGGGGCCCUCAAGCCUUGGGGCAUGAAGACAAAAUUCAAAAGAGGAGCCUUUACUCAAGGCAUGCUCCGGGGUUUAUGGGUUUAGAGCCGGACACCUGGCCCCUCGAGGCUCCCCUCCCAGAUUCCUGGGGUAAGACGUCGUCGAGACAAAUAAAAACCGGCCUCAGCCGGAGUUGGCAGCCGUGUUGACCUACGUCGCAGUCUGGAAGCUGCUGUGCCGUCCGGGCCACCAGGCCGCCGUCCAGAGAGGAGGGACUGAGACUCAGUGUGCUGACGACCACCCCCGCCCCAGCGUCAGAGACCACCAGCCGCCGCCUACCCUCCCUGUGCCCAGAGCCAAUAAAACCCUCCACCAGCCCCGCCCUCUCCACCAACCCCGCCCUCUCCAGCAGCCCCGCCCCUCCACCAGCCCCGCCCCCACCCCUACAACUCACUCCGAGUCUGCCCACACUCCCCUCCUUCCCGAGUGUGUGCUGUCACUUUAAUAACCUACUGCGCUCCACUGAGUCUGUCUCGCCCUUGAAUACUUUCUUGCAUGUUGACAAGAACCUGGACGCUGUCACUGGGGUGAGGCCUCCCCUGUGUCCCCGUGAGCGCUUCGGCAACACCACCAGAAGUACUGGAUACAGUGUCAGGAGAAGCCAUUCAUAUUCCAAGGGGAGAUGUGGCCGGAGCGGCUUCCUCCCUCAGAUCAGGAACCCAGGAAUGCUGUGCACACAGAACAUCCAUCCCAGGGUGCCCACAGCAGCUAUGCAAGCUACGGAACCCAGGCCGUGGGUCUGGACCCAGACAGGGAAGCAAGGUUUCCAGCAGGGGAUGAACAUGCUCUCCUUUGAUGGACUCUGGCCAGGCGCCUCUGGGCCCUCUUGCCACACUGAGAGACUUGAACAGCAGAGCCUCCGGCUGCUCAGCGCUGCACCCCUAAGAGGACCCCAGCCCCCUUCAAAGUACCUGCUGCAGCCCUAAGAGGACCCCAGCCCCCUCCAAAGUGCCAGCCGAAGAAAGGCAACCUGCCAGCUGGGUCUGGCCAACCCCUGGUGAGAGGCACGUCAGCCUGCCCCCACUUCCCCUGUAAAGAAGCUUGCUCCAGGAAGCUUGCAAUGAUAAAUCCUUUGUCUCCACCUUUGAGAUGCGCUGCCCAGAACUGUCGUGUCUCUUUGAAAUGUCAACAACCUUCGAGGAGGUGGACUCUCCCUGCUGGUGGGUCCCCUACCUCUGACUUGGCGUCACGGCCUCUCCUCAUCAAGACAGAAGCGGCUCUUGCCUCUUAUGCUCUCCCAACCGGGGACCCUGGCCGCAGCACAAAGUCACCAGUAGGGGGAGCAUGAGAGGCAACCACACACUGAUGCUUCUCUCCCUUUUCACCCUCUUCCCCUCUCCCUAAAAAUAAGUAAAUAAAUGAAAUCUUAAAGAAAUGUGUUAAAAAAAAAAAAAAGGAGCGGCUCCCCUCCAGAUACCACCUAUCAACAAACCCCGUCCGAUGGACGCACUCCUUGCUUUUUGGGAGUUCCCACCUCCUUAAUCCCGCUCAAGUGCCCCCACUCUGGGUCCCCCUUCGAAACUUGACCCAGUUGCCCCUGCCCAUCAAAGCCCAGUCUGGUCCACGCGGGGCCCUCCUCCCUGUGGUCCGAGUUACGGAAUAAAGUGUAUCCUUAAC